UCUGGAACAGUAAAAUUUUUAGAAGUCAUUAAGCCAUUCUGUGCAGUGUUACCUGAAAUCCAGAAACCGGAAAGAAAAAUCCAGUUCAGAGAGAAGGUACUAUGGACAGCUAUCACACUCUUCAUUUUCUUGGUGUGCUGCCAGAUCCCUUUGUUUGGAAUCAUGUCAUCGGAUUCUGCAGACCCAUUCUACUGGAUGCGAGUCAUUCUUGCAUCAAACAGAGGUACUUUGAUGGAAUUGGGUAUCUCCCCCAUCGUGACCUCUGGUCUGAUCAUGCAGCUGCUAGCUGGAGCGAAGAUCAUUGAAGUUGGUGAUACUCCAAAAGACAGAGCCUUGUUCAAUGGAGCUCAGAAAUUAUUUGGGAUGAUUAUUACCAUUGGGCAAGCCAUUGUGUAUGUUAUGACUGGAAUUCCUGCUGAAAUGGGUGCUGGAAUUUGUCUUCUUAUUAUAAUUCAGCUGUUUGUUGCUGGAUUGAUUGUGCUGCUGCUGGAUGAGUUGCUACAGAAAGGUUAUGGCUUGGGGUCUGGGAUUUCCCUGUUUAUUGCUACCAACAUCUGUGAAACCAUUGUCUGGAAAGCUUUUAGUCCCACUACCAUCAACACUGGCAGAGGAACAGAGUUUGAGGGUGCUGUGAUUGCCCUGUUCCAUCUGCUGGCCACACGGACCGACAAAGUCCGGGCUCUGCGGGAGGCGUUCUAUCGACAGAACCUGCCCAAUCUCAUGAACCUGAUUGCUACAGUGUUCGUGUUUGCUGUAGUCAUCUAUUUUCAGGGAUUCCGUGUUGAUUUACCCAUCAAGUCUGCACGAUACCGUGGGCAGUACAGCAGCUAUCCCAUCAAGCUCUUCUACACCUCCAACAUUCCCAUCAUCCUGCAGUCUGCCUUGGUUUCAAACCUCUACGUCAUUUCCCAGAUGUUGUCUGUUCGUUUUAGUGGCAACUUCUUGGUGAACUUACUAGGACAGUGGGCAGAUGUCAGUGGUGGUGGCCCUGCUCGCUCUUACCCCGUUGGUGGCCUGUGCUACUACUUGUCCCCUCCAGAAUCCAUGGGUGCAAUAUUUGAGGACCCCGUCCAUGUAAUAGUUUAUAUAAUAUUUAUGCUGGGAUCCUGUGCAUUCUUCUCGAAGACUUGGAUUGAGGUGUCUGGCUCAUCAGCAAAAGAUGUUGCCAAGCAACUCAAAGAACAGCAAAUGGUGAUGAGAGGCCACCGGGACACUUCAAUGGUUCAUGAGCUUAACAGGUAUAUCCCCACAGCAGCUGCGUUUGGCGGCCUGUGCAUCGGCGCCCUUUCCGUGCUGGCCGACUUCCUCGGAGCCAUCGGGUCCGGCACUGGCAUUCUGCUUGCAGUCACCAUUAUUUAUCAGUAUUUUGAAAUAUUUGUAAAAGAACAGGCAGAAGUUGGAGGAGUGGGUGCAUUAUUUUUCUAGAUGUCCGAAUAUUUCAUGGUUUGUGUGAAAGGGAAAGUAUUUUGACAGUAUGCAUCAUUUAGUCCAGUAAUGCUCUUUUCUUUUGACUCGUCCUCAAGUGCUACGUGUCCCAUUCCUGUCAGGGGCACUGGGCAGUGCCUGUGUGCAGCGUUAGUACCAGCUGCCUUAACAAUCAAGUUUACAUUAUCUUGUUU